AUGCUAGUGGUCGGCACGAACGGAGAUGAGGAACUGGAUCCGAACUUCAACCGCGUGCACCGAGAGCAUGUGUGGUUUAGGGUGUCUACGCGGGUGAAGGACGCCGCCUUCGUUAGUCGACCGAGCCUUUUGAUCUGUAUGAUGCUGGUUGUGAAUGCCUUCACCUUGUAUCAACUUGGCGUGGAAGUUAUGUCCUGUCUAGAAGCAAGACAUGUCAACCGAAGUCUCCUCUUGGAACAUAAUGUGACUAUAUACGGAUGUGUGAGGUAA